AUAUUUGUUGCAGCACAUCUGGUUAAAAAUGUUUAGAAAUCAAUACGAUAGUGAUGUCACAGUGUGGAGUCCGCAAGGCCGUCUACAUCAAGUUGAGUACGCCAUUGCGGCUGUAAAGCUUGGGACUGCAACGGUUGGUUUAAAAAAUAAUGAUUAUGCAGUUUUGGUAGCGCUGUGCAAGCCACCAUCAGAGCUGUCGGCUUCUCAGCGCAAAUUGAUCCCAAUUGAUGAUCAUUUAGGAAUAUCAAUUGCGGGCAUUACUGCAGAUGCGCGCGUGUUAAGUAAAUACUUAAGGUCCGAGUGUUUGAGCUAUAAACAUUCUUAUGGAUCGACAUAUCCUGUUUCCCGAUUGAUCACGAAUUUGGGUAACAAAAUGCAAACUACCACUCAACGUUAUGACCGUCGACCAUAUGGAGUGGGCUUGCUUCUUGCUGGAUAUGACGAAAAGGGUCCACAUAUUUAUAAAGUAGAACCUUCCGCUAAUUUUUUCAAUUGUAAAGCUAUGACUAUCGGAUCUAGAUCACAAAGUGCACGCACAUAUUUGGAACGCCACCUUCAAACAUUUAAUGGAUGUUCUAAAGACGAUAUAAUUUGUCAUGGCAUUCAUGCCAUUCGAAGUUCAUUGCCAAACGAUGAAUUAAAUAAGGAUGAUGGUGCAUCCCAUUUGAAUAUUACUAUUGCAAUCGUCGGAAAAGAUCAACCUUUUAAAAUACUAAGCAAUGAAGAAAAUAUAGCUUAUAUCGAAAUGGCAAAGGAACGAGGUACAGCUAAUAUGGCUUCAAAAUCUAAGAAAGAUGAUGACAAUUUUUCAAAUGAAGAUCAGCCUGAAGCAUCUGCUCCACGUGAUCCGCAAGUCGCCAUUGGUACUAUGGAAAUUCUGUAAUACAUUCAAAGCUUACUAUGUAGGUGUUACAAUAAAGCGUUUUCACCCAAAUUU